CGAAGAGACGACUGGGUCCGCACGAGCAACGACAACAUUCUCUAUCGCCCGGACGCCCCUGUCGCCGACGCUUCCGCAGCUGCCCUUCCCGUCGCUGCCGCUGACGAUUCCAUCGACCCCAUUGGGCCCCGAAGGACGCGACCUCACUCCAUCCACGUCGUCAGCUAUCCCUCGGGCUACGUGCCUCGUGAGCUGCGCACCGGAACCUCCCCUCAUUCAUCGAGAGCCCGUCUCGAAUCUGGCGGCAGUCCCGCUCCCAGUGCCCCGAGAUCGUCGAGGCCUUCUGCUUCACUGAGUUCCAACGCCAGGACAUCGGAGUUACCCGUCCGCCUGGCUCUGACUCGAUUUUUCCAAUCAUUGGCGAGCGACUCUGUGUCCUCAGUCGACGUCCCACAGCACACCGCAUUCCCCGUGGGUAUCCAGGCCAUCCCGGCUACCGAACACCGGUCCGAGUCUCGCCAUAGCAGCAGCCGCGCCCAUCGGCCCCGUAGCCACCAGUCGCAUCGCUCUCAAGAGACCACUUCAUCGUCUCGCAGGACCCGUGAGCCAAAGCAGCAGGGCUCAUCCACUAGAGACCGUGACGCCGCCAACAAGCGCGAGCGUGAUCGCCGAGGAGACAGUCGCGAACAGCAGCGAGAGCGACAACGCCACAGGGCCUCUUCAAGGUCUUCCAGGUCGAGGCAGAGGCAUCGCGCCAGCAGCAACAGCCGCAGCCGCCACGCUAGCCGCCACUCCGGCCAUCAAUCCACUCGCACCCGUCAGUCUUCUCAGCAUCGCCGCUACCCCCCAAACAGCAUGGCCACCGCCAGAGCCGCGGUGCCCAUGAGCACCUAUCAUCUAGGCCACCACAACAGCUUCACAUCCAUCCGAAGUUCAAAAUCCAGCGUAAAUGCCGUCGUGACCGAAGUGACCAAGCCCGUCGCCACAGGCAGCGGAGUGUCCUGCUCCAUUCUCCUCGCUGAGCCCAACGUCUUCCUGUCGGGCUUCGACCACAACGGCCAUGAGCACCGCGAAGCACGCGCCGGCACUGCCCUGCUCAGAGGCAAGCUGCAACUCACCAUUAGCAAAAAUGUCAAGAUCAAGGCUGUUCAGCUUAAACUGGUUGGCCGCGCGCGGACAGAGUGGCCCGAGGGCAUCCCGCCGCUCAAGCAAGACUUGUAUGAGGAGGAAACCCUACGGACGCAGGUCCUCACAUUCUUCAACGCCCUCAAUGAAGGAUGGGAGACAGAGUACGGUAACCAGUGCACCUACAAGCUCAAGGGUGGUUCCGCAAACUCUAGCAGCACCAUUCUCACCACAUCGCCCGGCGUCUCACCAUCUCCGUCGUUGCGAAACAAUCUAACGGCCAAGGAGCUAAAGAAGCUUUCUCUGCAAAAUGUCCAGUCUCGCAGCUUUGGCAAGGGCGAGAGCGGCGUCGUGACACCCACUCAAGCCAAGGGCUUCAAGGUGUUCUACCCGGGCGUCUACGACUACUCCUUUGAGCUUCCCAUCGAUCAUCACCAGCUCGAGACCACCAAGCUGCAGUAUGCCUCGGUCAAGUGGGAGCUCCAGGCAAGCAUUGACCGCGCCGGCGCCUUCAAGCCCAACCUCCACGGCUCCAAGGAGGUCCCCAUCAUUCGCCUGCCAGACCAGAUGUCUCUCGAAAUGUCUGAGCCCAUUUCAAUCAGCCGCCAGUGGGAAGACCAGCUGCACUACGACAUCAUGGUUUCGGGCAAGAGCUUCCCUAUUGGGUCCAAGAUUCCCAUUGCCUUCAAGCUCACUCCCUUGGCCAAGGUUCAAGUCCACAAGCUCAAGGUCUACAUCACCGAAUCCGUCGAGUACUGGACCAGCGACAGGCGAGUGACGAGAAAGGACCCCGGGCGCAAGAUUCUGCUCCUCGAAAAGACGGCCGGAAAGGAGCUUGACCCUGCAUGGGCCUCGUCCGAGGUCGUUACAAUCCGCGGAGGUGAGCUCACGGAAGAGCAGCGCCGUGCUGCUCGUGAAACCGCCGCGAGAAGGCGAGCCCACGAAGCCGCAAGGCGGAAGCAGGCCCCAGAACCGCUACCGGCGCCAGUGGAUAAUCUCCUCGGCGACUUGGACCUGGGCCUGGAGAACAUGUGGGGUUCCACCGAAAUCGAGGCCAGUGUGCAGAUUCCGACGUGCGAGAUGAUGGCCAAGAACAAGUCUCUUAGACUCCACCCCGAUUGCAGCUGGAAGAAUGUCAACGUCUUCCAUUGGAUCAAGGUGGUGAUGCGCAUCAGUCGUCUUGACGCCGACGACCCUUCAGGCACCAAGCGCCGCCAUUUCGAGAUCAGCAUCGACUCUCCCCUCAGCAUUCUCAACUGCCGAGCCACCAGGGCAAACACGUCUCUGCCCGCCUACUCCGGCGAGACCAACCGACCUUCGCCGUAUCAAGCAGCCUGCGGCUGCCCCGAUUCCGCAACAAUUGCCAUGGAGACUUCACCGAGCUCCUCGACCGGCACACUCCCAGAUCCCGAAGCUCUGGUCGACAGCAUGCCGGCACCUCCUCAAGCCGCCCACUUGCAUUCUGGCGCUCCAGCGGGAAGUUCAGGGGCAGCAGCAGGCCGACAAACGCCGACAACGUGGGCACCUGAACCGGCUCCUCGGCCCAUUCAUCUGCUCCGAGCACCUAGCUUUAACCCUCCCGCCUUUGAUGACGAUACGGCGCCGCCUCCGGCAAGCACCAUUGUCUACGAUGGAACUCCCGCCGAUAUCCCUCCAAUCAUGACACCGCCUCCCCAAUACGACGCCGUUGUGGGCACGCCCAGCGUCGAUGGACUUGCCGACUACUUUACACGACUGGCCGAGUACGGCCUCGGCGAUGACCACGAAGGGUCCGGAUCGGACGGCGACGAGUCACCCGCGCGGAUCUUGGACCGGAGCGGCCGCGUCAACGUAGCACACCCACGAACUCCUGGCGGGAGGAGGAUGCCUAGCCGAAGCAUGGAAAUUUCCCGACCGUCCAUCAAUCUCAACAUGACUGCUCUU